GUACUGUACCGUCUGUACUUCAACGUUUCAACCCUUCUUCCCACCGAGCAUAUACGACCUACGCCUCACAUUCAUUGAGCGUGUUGUAGCCCAGUCUUUCGUCACAGCCUGCUGCUUCACCGAAGUUCAAGUUGACGCAUGCCUCGGUCUAACAGUAUACACGAUAACGCAGCGGCGGGAUCCGAUGACGACUCGGAGUCGGAAAUCAUGGACGAAGUCGUGCGGGCUAUGAGCAGUGAGCUCAGAAGGGCGCGAGGGCAGCUAGAUCGAGUGCACGUCGAGAAGGACGACCUACAGCGAGAGCUAGAUGACGUCCGCCUUCAACUGCGCGCCGCCAAAGAAGGACGGGAACAUAAGGGAAAGCGGGGUAUCAGUAAUGCUCAGUAUGACCAAGCACGACGGGAGGUUGAUCGACUGAAACGAGAAAAAGAUGAGGAAAACGCUCAACACGCUAAAUCAAUGGAAGAAGUCGUGUCAAAGCUCGCGAAGCAGAAAGACAAGUACCAGGAUGCGAAGGCUGCACUCAGGGAGACCCAGAGCGUCCUAGCUAAACUUCAAGAUGCAGCGGCGAGUGCGGUUGCAGAGCUUUCCGGGACCCACGUUGAGCUGCCUCGAAAACGCAAACGUGAGGAGGACCCUGAGGAAGGUGCAGGUUUCGCCGAGUCCCGUUCCAACCAGCAACCUGUGGCACCUGAGACGGCGGGUAGUAAUUUCAAUGUCACAAGAUCUUGGAAGGGCCAAACGACUCCACAGAGUGGAAGUAGUCCCCCGAAGAGUAAGACUUCAAACGCACGCAAGUCGAACCUCCGAGAGUUCUUGGGAAUUGUUGACGGCGAGAAAUUUGUUACCCCUUCCAUGAGUCAUUGUGCUCGCCACCGUGGGCAAGGCUGGGACAAAUUGAUGGCCGUACGUCGAAUUGCGAGUGGGACGCAUGAAGCUCUGAGCACCGUAAUGGUGUAUUGACGUCAUGCCAGAGUCAAGUGUAAAACAAUGUAUUGCGCACAGGACAGCAUCAUCUGGUCUCCUGGCUCAGCUAUGCGAUGCUUGCACUUUCGUCCAGCCCAUCGGUACACCUUCGAAACCCGAGCUCAUGA